AUGACUAAAUUCAAAGCAAAACGUUUUGUAGCCCUCAAAGUUGUGAAGAGUGCGUCUCAUUACACAGAGACUGCCUUAGAUGAAAUCAAGCUACUAAAUGUUCGGGAAGCUGACGAGAAUGAUCCAAAGCGGGACAAGACUGUCCAGCUAUUGGACGACUUCAAGAUCAGCGGUGUGAAUGGAACUCAUGUAUGUAUGGUGUUUGAAGUGCUGGGUCACAACCUCCUUAAGUUUAUCAUCCGCUCCAAUUACCAGGGGAUCCCACUUCAAAAUGUCAAGAGCAUUAUUCGUCAGGUGCUGGAAUCCUUGGAUUACCUACACACAAAAUGCAGAAUUAUCCACACAGACAUCAAGCCAGAAAAUAUCCUUGUGUGUGUGGAUGAGUCGUACAUCAGAAAACUUGCUUAUGAGGCAACUCAGUGGCAGAAAAUGGGACUAAAGCUACCUGGUUCUUUGGUGAGCACUGCCCCAAAGCAUUACACUCAACCAGAUCCAAAUGCCAAAAUGUCAAAAAAUAAGAAGAAAAAACUGAAGAAAAAGCAAAGCAAAGCAGCAUUGCUGGAGAACCAAAUGAGGGAGCUGGAAGAACUAGAAGAGAGGGAAGCACGUCUAGCUCUCGAGGCUUGCGAACUGCACACGCCAAACACUUCUGUGCUAAGUAAUGACUCAAGUUUAGAAGAGAGCAGCACUAUGGAACCUCAGACCAAUGGACAGCAGAGCGACAAGCCACCGGAAGUGCUGGAAGAGGAAACCGUAAAGAUCCAAGUAGGGACACUUCACAAGAGACAGUGCAGCCUCCACCCAAGCUACCCCACAGCCCAGCCUAAUUACCCAAGCCUCACCCUAGAGGAGGAGGCACAGCAGAAGCUUGGCAGAAAUAGGAUUCUGAGCAUGGUAAUGGUGUCCUCCCUGGAGCUGGAGCUUUUCCAGUCAUGGCUUAUGGAUGGUUCACGCUCGUUUAAAGAUGAAAAUAAAGCAAGAUCCCCUUCUAAAAUGUCCACUGAGCCUAAUCACACUCCAAGAAACUCUUGGCUGACUGAUAAGGUGGACCAUUUCUCUCAGUCAAGGUGGGGCAGUGGGGCUCUCACUAGACCUCUCAUGAACGGCCACGACAGUCCUCGCCCAACACUAGGUCGCUCAGAGUCUGAGAUAACCCCAGACAUGAGGCUUCCCCCCGAGGAUGAAGAAGGUGAGGAUGGAGGAGCCAAUUCCAGUAACACAAGUGGAGGCAGUAACAGUGGCAGUGCAGUCGGAAUGCGCAGAGUAGCCUCAUGCCCGGACCACAAAGCCAUUGACCGCACGCCAGACCCAGUUCAUGAAGUGUGUGAUAUGAAGGUCAAGCUGGCUGAUUUAGGAAAUGCUUGCUGGGUGGAUCAUCAUUUCACUGAAGAUAUCCAGACCCGACAGUACAGGUGCCUGGAAGUCCUGCUCGGAGCUGGUUAUGGUUGUCCUGCUGAUAUGUGGAGUACUGCCUGCAUGGCAUUUGAGUUGGCGACUGGAGAUUAUCUGUUUGAGCCACACAGUGGAGCUGAUUAUACUCGUGAUGAGGACCACCUAGCACACAUCAUUGAGCUUCUUGGUAAAAUUCCCCGUCAUAUAGCCCAUUCUGGAAAAUACUCAAAGGAAUUUUUCGACAAGAAAGGUGACUUGCGGCAUAUCACAAAGCUCCGUCCCUGGGGCAUGUUUGAGGUGCUGACAGAGAAAUACGAAUGGCCAGAGGAUGAAGCCCGAGCUUUUAGCGACUUCCUGAAUCCAAUGUUGGCUUUUGAACCAUCAGAACGCGCUACUGCUGGAGAGUGCCUCAAACACCCAUGGCUCAACUCAUGAACACAAGCUGAACCUGCUCCCUCUGACCACUUUCUGGUAAAAAGUCUCUCAGUCUAAUCGUUAGACUUGCCAGCUUGAGCAUAAAAGACUUUACACUAUCAGAGAGUGGCAACCUUGGCCUUCACUUGGCUAUUUGUGUAUAUGCACUUUAUGAUGGUGAUUCAGUAUCAGGGCAAAAACCAAAGAUGACUCCAUAGAAUGGCAGCUGUUAAGCAAGGUUCCAGAUCAGCUCACUCCAUUCUGUCUCCAAAGUAGUGAGUGUCACCACAGCACAUAAAUAGUUAAGUGAAGUGAAGGUUGAGGGGGCUCAGUGUACACACACCAGGGUUCGCCUUGGGGUUAUCAACCCUAUUUUUGACCAGAAGUGCUUUUGACUCUUGAUAAUAAAAGAAAGGAUUUUUAGUUUGGUUCUAUCAGCUCUGAUAAUACCUAGAGACUGCUUGGAGGAACCAGUAAUCUCUGUGAAAGUGUCUUAGUAUGAUUAUGAUAAUGAAUAUGGUGAUGAUAAUAAUUAUGUUGGUGAUUGAUAAUGAUGUGUCCAGUGGUUCUGCUGUGAGUGUAUAUAAAAACAGAUGGUUGCUAUCCUCUCAAUGUCCAUAAUAGUACAUAUUGCAGAGAGGGGACAUUUGGAGGAAUCAUUUGCUCUUAUGAUGAUUUAACUGCUCAAACCACAAAUAUUUGUAAGAAGCAGCAGAUCUAAAAGAAUUACCUGCAUGAGAAAGAUGACAACAAACCUAUUCCACCAGCACUGCUGCAGAACUUCGGAUAAUGUUAGUACCAAGGACCAUAUGCCCAGAUGACCUGUGGUGUUGUGUUGUCGUGCACAAUGGGAUGGCUCUUUUCCAUACAUUCAUUUUAAUGAUUAUGUAAAUAUUGCACGACUGUGAAGUUGGUUUUCCAUCAGCCCUGAUUUUUCAAAAGUCGGCUUCUAAUGACUACUGAUGGAGGAAUUUGUUUCUUGCAUGUUGGAACUCAAAACUGCAACUUACAUCACUAGAAAACAUUUAUGUUAUUCAAAGAUAGUUUACAUUAUUAAUCCAUUCAUUUCUUUCUAACAAUAUUGAAAUUCAUUUUUUCUGUAUGUAGAAGGCAAUAUAUUGAUUUAAUCAUAUAUUAUCACAAUAUUACCAUCCUUUUGUUAGAGUUUACAGUCUUCUGCUUCAUCUUAUAAUCUUAACUGCAGUGUUCUGAUGUCCCAACUUUGGAAACAACCAAAUAGCAGGGCUGAUGUUCUAUAACAUAUGAUUAGCCUUGUAGCCUGAAUGCAAUAUUUUGUCCACCAUUGAAAUUAUAUACUGAAUGCAGGCCCUCCUAAAAGUCGGUAGAACCCUGUCCAGCUGGCUGUAUACCAAGUACAACCCCCACCCCUCCCCUCCCCUGACCCUUCCCUUUCCUUGCUCCUCCUUCAUUGAUGAAACCCGUAACCCUGUGGAUCCAGAAGAUGAUAGGCUUCUUGUCCCCUCUCCCUAUUGAGGCUACUAGGCUCUGUGUUUUCUGUAUAUUUAGCCACAUCUGUAAGAUGUCAUGCAUAUGCAUCAGUGAUUAUGAAUAUAAUUUAUUUUUACUCCAUUUUAGAUAUGCACCUUUGUUUAGUAGAUUAUCUUUCAUUGUCACAUAAGUGUAGGGUUCAUUUAUGUCUCCCCCCUUUGUGACUCUGUUCCACCAGCCAAUAGUGUUAUCGAUGGCAAGUAAUGCAGCUGUGGCACCUCCUCCUGCCUCUGCCCACACUCUGGUCCAUGUUAUAUUAUUUUAUUUUCCAUAUUUGCAUCACUGGUAACAUAUAGAAAUGUAUGAACAACUGUUUGAGGCAAAUGUGUUUUUAGUGGACGAGUGUUGGUAGCAGGUGCGUAGGUUGCUGGUGCCCACAGAAACGUGUCGGGUGGGCUCAUACCUGCUUACGGAGCAUCUCCCAUUCUCAGGCCAACAUUGUCUUAUAUUAAGAUGGCUCUAACCUUGCCAAGGGUGCAGCAGGUUAACAAACUUUGUACCACAAUAAAGAAUUUGGGCCUUGCUGCUGUGGUAGACUUGUCCGAUCCUCUGUAUAGCAGGCAUAAUGAUAAUGGUACUCUUGAUAGUAAAGGUGAAGCACACCAAAAUGGUAUUUCAUUUUCAACCCUAUACAUACUGUAAGAUGUAUGCUAUUCUUAAGGACGGUUGUUUUGCCAGGUGAAUAAAGGCUACUUUUUGUCAUAAA